CUGGCUGAUUUGCCAGGGUGUGGCUCAACCCUCAGCACAUCGCAGUGGAGUUUAAUCCUCCUAGUGAGUACUUCAUUCCUCAUUCCUGCUGCUGCUGCUGCUUCGGUCUGUACUGCAGUCAUCUACUGCUCCUAAACUGAAACUCUUCUCUCGCUUCGAGCUCUUUGAAGUAUUACGUGAAUCCCAAAGAUGGCUGGCAGAGGCACAGUGAAGGCCCAUGGUGGAUUCAAUGCUAACAAUGACGCUGAAGUUCUCUUCAAGGCCAUGAAAGGACUCGGCACCGAUGAGGAUGCUAUUCUCCAGCUGCUGAUAGCACGUAGUAAUGCACAGCGCCAAGAAAUCAAGGCUGCAUUCAAAACUCUGCAUGGAAAUGAUUUGGUGGAUAAUUUGAAGUCAGAGCUGGGUGGGAAGUUUGAGAGUCUGAUCGUAGCUCUGAUGACUCCUCCCAUCAUGUAUGAUGUCACAUGUCUGCGGGAUGCUAUUAAGGGUGCAGGCACAGAUGAGAAAGGGCUGAUUGAGAUCUUGGCAUCAAGGUUACCUAAUGAAGUCAAUGAGAUCAAAAGUUUAUACAAGCGAGAGCAUAAUGAUGAUCUGGAGAAAGAUGUGACUGGUGACACUGGAGGUAAUUUCAGUAGGAUGCUGGUUGUUUUGCUACAAGCCAGCAGACAGCAGGGUAUACAAGAGGACCUCAUCCAAAGCGAUGCCCAGGCUCUGCUUGCAGCAGGAGAACAGAAGUAUGGAACCGAUGAAGGCCAGUUCAUCACUAUACUGGGAAACCGUAGUAAUGCUCACCUUAGGAGAGUUUUUGAGGAGUAUAGAAAGCUCUCAGGGUAUGAAAUAGAGGAGAGCAUCCAGAGAGAGACAUCAGGAACCCUCCAAGAAGUACUGCUGGCCGUGGUGAAGUGUGCUCGCAGUGUGCCGGGUUAUUUUGCCGAGAGCCUUUACAAUGCCAUGAAGCAGGGGGCAGGCACUGAUGACCAGAAACUGAUCAGGAUCAUGGUUUCCCGCAGUGAGGUGGACAUGAUGGAUAUACGCGCUGAAUUCCGCAAGAGGUUUGCAACCUCUCUGCACAAAACGAUUCAGGGUGAUACCUCUGGUGACUACCGUAAAGCCCUGCUGCUGCUGUGUGGCGGUGAUGAUGCAUAAACCCUGCCACCCUCUCUGUCUGGGUCACAUCCCAGGACUCCCAGCUCAGGGGCAGGUCUGUGGGACGAGGGCCUAGUCCCCUUCUGAACCCAGUUCAGGACAAAUUACAAAAACAUGACAUUCCAAAUCAUUAGAAGGAUCUCUUGUCCAGUUGUGUAAUUGCUCUGCAUAGCACAGAAUGACUUAAUUCGAGUAAGCAAUAAGCAUAUUUUGGCAUUCAUAUUUCAUGAAAUGUGUUCUAGAUUUAGAGAGAAAAAAUAUUUUAGUAGAAGCUACAAAAAUAUGAAGAACAGAGAACAACAUAAUAACCAUUCUCUGCUUGACUUGAUCAGUUACAGAAAAAAUAAAGUCCUCUAAUAAUUUCUUUUUAAAGAUAUUUUUAUUAUGAAAAUAAAAAAUAUUUAAAAUAUCUAUUAACUCUAUUCUAAAUAAGACCAAAGACUCAUUUGUACUCAAUGAAGCAAUAUUUUAUAUUUAUUGUUUGUAUGCUUACUAACUUCCUUGACAUUUCAGUAUAUAGCCAUAUAAUGUCACAACCAGUCUCAUAAUUGGCAUUAUUAGCAAGUUUGUUUCACUCUUUGUUUACCCACAGCAAAUAAAGAUUAGCUAAAUGUUUGCCCUCUUUAAGGUUAUUAAUGCUCAUUAAAAGCUGAAGAAAAAGGUGCUACUACUAAAAUGUUCUAACAUUUCAUUGCCAUGAUGUUCACAAUAAACACUCAUGAAAUAAAAGCAAA